CUGUGCUGUGUGUUAAUGUCAUAUGAUAUGACUUGUUGAUGCAUUACAUAGUCUUUUAACUUUUAUGCAAGACGUGAGGAUUUUUGUGUCAUCUUUUCAUAUUUCACAGUUUGAUGUUUGCAUAAUGAUAUAAAUAUAGUAAAGUCAUCUUCAUAUCAUAUCGACACAUCUACAUCUUUACUUAACUAGUGUUUGACAGAUGAUGUGAAUAGUUUAAGUAGUUAGUGAAUGUGUAAUUUGGGUGGAUUUUCGUUUUGCAAAUUAGACGGUUUUUGUUAAAAUUUUGCUGGAAAAGCAAUUGAAAUUAUAUCAGCACAUAGUAAAAGGAUAUAUUAUUUACAUUAAUUAUUUUUACAUACAAUCGUGAAUCUGAUCUUACAUGUGUGACUUGGGUGAAAAAAACAUAUUUUAGAGAAAGUUAUGGUUUAGUUACGUUUUGUAUGUAACGGAAGUUUAAGGAAGUAGUAUUUAGUAUACCAUUCCGGAAAUAAAUAUUUGGGGUUUUUUUUAGAAUUUUUAAGUGUGACUUGUGAUACUUCAGAAUUGUGUAGAGUGCAUAAGUUACCGUAUGACUUUCUUUCAAUGUGAUGUAAAAAUCUUUGAAUAUUUUUUUCAUAUAUGUAGGUCAGCUAUCCAAAACAUGUUUGAAGUGACACAAAAUUGGCUUUUACCAGAAUUGCAUUGAUUGAAUUAAAUGCGUCUUUUCUUCGACUACAGCAUUGUUUUGAUUUAGUGUAUUUUUUUUAUUGUAUUUUUUUUACACUCGACUGAGUAGAUGUAGUAUUAUUUUGAAUAUUUGAUGCUCUGAUUUGACUGAAACUAAGGAUGGAUACCAUACAGCUGGUAGAACAUGAUACGGUGGCUUUAGAGUUAGAAGAUGAUGGUCAGGGCUCAGUGUCUAUUGAUCCCAGGGGAGAUUCUACUGCCCCCCUCAAGAAGAAGGGUAGAAACUUAUUUUUCACUGAUGGAGUUAGCCGUAUUGACUAUGUAUUGGCCUGGGAGGUACCAAAAAAGGAAAAUGAAAACACACAGAAGGCGAAAAAAGCCCGGGAAAUGUUUGAGGCAAAUCUUGCAGAAGAAGGCCUCAAACUGGAGUAUGAUACUACAGAUGAAGAAGUGCAUUUUGUCAAAGUCCAUGCACCAUGGGAAGUUCUCACACGUUACGGCGAAAUCCUGAAAAUGAAGAUGAAAAUGAAAAAGAGUUUAACAACAGAGAACAUACGGAAGAAAUAUUCAAAGUGGGAGGAGUCUGUGGAAAUGAAUCCUGUAAAGGCAGUAAGCACUACUCUAUGGAACUCGAUCUUGAAGGUGAAGGACAUUGCAGUACAACCUUUUCAACUUGACAGCAACAUUUUCCCCAAGAUUAAGAAGGAGCCUACAUUGACGUUCAGCAGGGAUAGAGAGUACUUGUUUGACAUACCACAAGAGAAUCGGGAAUCAUUCUUCACAAAUCCUGAGCGUUCUCGGAUCGUUGACUUCAUUUUGAGAAGAAAACCAUUUGGUGAAGAUAAGCAGGAAGCCUAUACCUUUGGUAUAAAGAAGAUGUUAGCUGAUGAAUACUAUAGCGCAGCAUAUCCGUUACAUGAGGGUCACUGGAAGAGUGGGUCAGCGACAAACCAAAGGAAGACUUUGUAUGAGAACUGGGCGUACUGGAGAAAGUUCUUUAAAAUUCAACCUCUUGAAUAUAUCAGGAAUUAUUAUGGUUCUCAGAUUGGUCUUUACUUUGCAUGGCUCGGGUUCUACACACGAUGGUUGGUUGUUCCGUCCAUACUGGGUUUCAUUAUAUUCUUGUAUGGUGUGAUAUACAUGGAUGAUAGCUAUCCUAGUAAAGAGGUAUGCGAUGAGAACGGGAACAUCAGUCACGCCAUCAUGUGUCCGUUGUGUGACUACCAGUGUCCUUACUGGAAACUGAAUGCUAGCUGCCAUGACUCCAAGUACAGUCGUAUGUUUGACAACAACGGCACUGUGUUCUUCGCCGUUUUUAUGUCCCUGUGGGGUACUUUGUUCCUUGAGUUCUGGAAGAGAAAGCAGGCAGUGAUCCAGUAUAACUGGGAUCUUGUUGACUUUAUCAAGGAAGAGGAACCUCCACGUCCAGAGUAUUUAGCAAAGCUUGCCAACUACCCUCGUAUGAAGGUGAACCCUAUCACAGGCAUGAAUGAACCGCAUUUACCAUUCUGGCGGCGGAGAUUUCCUAUCUACCUGCUCUCAUAUGGAUUUAUGCUGUUCACGAUGUGUAUAGCGGUGGCUGGUGUCGUCGGUGUCAUUGCUUACAGAAUCUCUGUGCUAGCUUCACUGCAACUACUGGAGAAAGAUAGUCCCGCAGAUAACUCGACUCUUGGUGAAACUAAACAUGUUAUAACAGCCAAUGCUAGUAUCAUCACAACGAUCACGGCGGCUUGUAUUAACUUGACACUCAUCAUUAUACUCAACAUUAUUUACUCGAGAGUGGCUGUGUGGCUGACAGACUUUGAAUGUUUGAGGACGCAAGGUGAAUAUGAUGACAGUAUCAACAUUAAGUUGUUUGCUCUACAGUUUGUCAACUACUAUUCUUCAAUUAUCUACAUCGCCUUUUUCAAAGGAAGGUUAGUUGGUAGACCUGGAGCUUACAACGAGGCUUUCGGAGGUCGACAGGAAGAGUGUGGUGCAGCAGGAUGUUUGAUAGAGUUGUGUAUACAGCUGGCUAUCAUUAUGGCGGGAAAACAGAUUAUACAGAAUAACCUCCUAGAGAUCAUUUUGCCAAAAGGUAUCAAAUUUUUGAAGAGAUGCUAUAGAAGAAGGAUCUUAAAGGAGACGGCAGAACAAAAGGCCAAGAUGUCAGCGUGGAUGAAAGACUACCAACUCAGUGAGCAUACAUCACUGUAUCAUGAAUAUUUGGAAAUGGUGCUACAGUUUGGAUUUCUGACAAUAUUUGUGGCGGCGUUCCCGCUGGGACCUCUCUGCUGCCUAAUUAACAAUAUGAUUGAGAUCAGGUUUGAUGCACUCAAGUUUACCACAGAUCUGAGACGACCUUUAGGAGAACGUGCAGCCGAUAUCGGUAUAUGGUAUGAAAUUCUGUAUGCAAUUUCUAGACUGGCCAUAGUUUCUAAUGCAUUUAUCAUAGCACUUACAUCAGACUUUAUUCCUCGGCUAGUAUAUGUAUAUUACCACAAUGACGGUCAUUCAUUGGAGGGUUACACCAAUUGGACUCUGUCUACUUUCAACACAUCAGACUUCCAGCCUGAUAAAAGAUACUUUGACACAACUGUUGAUGAAAUUGGGUUAUGCAGGUACCGAGAUUUCCGGAAACCACCAGGACCUGAUGAGUACAUGUAUUCUGAGAGUCAUUGGCACGUUCUUGCUGCAAGAUUUGCUUUUGUCGUUGUGUUUGAGAAUUUUGUGGUUGUGUUCACCAGUCUAAUUGCUUACUUGAUCCCAGAUAUUCCCGCCAAGGUAAAGAAGCAGAUCAGGCGCGCAACUUACAUUUCAAAUGAAAUCGUUAUAAAAGCAGAACUUGAAAUGGCUAAAAAGUCACGCGAGACUGUUGAUAUAGCGAACGUCAUAGGUACUUUUGCCGCAAAAGCCAAGAAAAAUGACACGAGUAACGGAUCUGGAUUACGGAAGAGGAGCGAUGAGAAAACUGAAGCAGAGACUAAAGUUAACCUGGAUCCAGUUGAUGAUGUGUCCGUGUCAAACAUUUAGCAUCGGGAAAAUGGCAAACAUUUCCUAUAAUUUAUAACACAAAAGACUUGUGUGUUGAAGUGCAUUUGACCAAGCGUUACCAUAGUGACUUUAACUUACCGUCCUUUUCUUAGCCAGGAUUUUUCAGACAUAUGUUUAUUGAGGUUGCUUUCAAUCUCAUUGGAAUGAUAAGUGUACUUGAAUUGUCAACUGAGUUUUAGUUUUCAGUGAAUAUGGGAGUCUUUCACUUACUAGAUUUGCAAGGUUAUGAAAAGCCGGUUGUUGUAAACAGUUGGGCUUUAUGUUUAUCCUUUGCUUGUAGUCAGUGGCAUUGUUAUAUUACAGUGCUCACAUAGAAAAAAAAAACAAUCACAUUUUCUUAGAAGGAGGUAGCUAAAAGCUUACAAAUGAGGCUGAAAGCAGUUAUGAAAGGUUUUAGUACAUGUAUUACCUAGAUAUGAGAUUGUUAGAAUCUCUUAUAUAUAUAUAUCUACUAAUGCUAUUGCUGUAGUGCAUGGAGAAUUGCAAAAUUCAUGAUUAUCCUUCUAUGAUACUAGCAGUCUUUCUGGGAAAAGAAACCUGAAGUAUUUUCAGUCCUGAUUUCCAAAACUUAAUGGCAUAUAUUAAAUGUAUUUGCAUGGUCAGACAGAUUUUUUUCUGUCUUUGUGUACAGACAGUAUUUAAAACAACCUAACUUGUAGAGGAAAGACUGUUAUUAUAGUAAGUUCAACACUUUAUUUUUAUACAUAUGUAUCUUCUUACUAUACCUGUGGCAUUAUGUAAGCAUAUCUUAGAUAGUAAUUUGGGAUAGUUAAGGUUGGUUUUUUUUUUUAAACUUUUAGUCUGCUGGUAGCAAGUGAUUUUGCCUUUGCGACCAGUGCAGGCCAAGAUCAGCCUGCACGUCCAUGCAGGCUGAUCAUGGUCUGCACUGGUCGCUUUUUGAAUAAUAAUUGGUACUGCCUAAAUUGAACAAUGGACCAGUCCAUUGUAGAAAAUUAGCAGGGUAGGGGUUAAAUAAAACCAUUGUGAAAUUUUCCCAGUCAGCAGUAAAUGAUUAUUUAGAUACUUUUAAAGCUAUAGUUAAGAAUGGGGUUUCACAAUAGAUGUAGAAUGCCUUCCUUCUGCUUUGAUACUCUUGUUUUGGGCAUUAAAGACUUCUGUUUUGCAUAGUGUUCAAAGCUCAAUUAUACUUUUUUGGCAAAAUGCUCACAUUAUUUUAUGAAAAGCAUAAUUCUGCCAUAGCGUUUGCAAUCUAUGCAAGUAGAUUUUCAGCUUAAACAAAUAGCAGCUUUCAGACAAGAGCACUUUUAAGACAAAUCUGAGUUUACCGUAGAAGGUAAAAAAAAUUUGAAUGUGAACAAAAGCUUUGUGUCUUGAGUUGAUCUCCCUUAUUUAUCAAUCAUUGAUAAUCAUUUUCAAACUUCAGCAGUUUUAGCAGUUCUUGCUUUGAAUUAAAUGUUACAUUUAGAAGUUUUCAGGAAUGGACUUUAAUUUAUGUGAAUACAUCAAAAAAAUGUUGAUGUGCCAACUGUCUGCAUUAAAAAAAAUGUUGGUAUUACGGCUGUGGGCAUUUUUUGUUUGACUAUACGAGUAAUAGGAGAGCUAUCCUACUUGCCCUAGCAUCAAUAUCUGCAUCUGCACUGUGGUUCAAAUUUUGAUGCUCGUUCAUUGUUAUAUUUAUUAUUGCUGAAUGGAUUUGAUUUAAACUUUAAAUAUUGUUCCACAUCACCACUCAUAUUAUAUGACAAUAGGUACUUGUACAUUACUCUUGCAGAAAAUUUCCUUUUUAUUCCUAGAAAUUUUCUUUCAGUUAUUACUCAGAUUACAGAGAUUUGACUCAGACUUCAGCACUUUUGUCCAGCAUCACUAUUAACAUCAGGAGCUUUAAGCACUCCAGUGAUACCUCUAGUUUCAUCAGAUAUGCCCUAUAUCACUAUACAGCAUGGAGAUAGUUGAGCACGCUGUCUCCUCUGACACCUCUUGUAGUACUUACUUCUAUAAAAUAGUAAUAAAUAUUAUAAGCAGUGGUUAGUUCCAGUUUUAAAAAAAAGUGGGUAUUUUGGUGAUUAUGCAUUUCGAUUAUUUGUGUUUUGCCACAAUUUUUUUUUUUUUUUUUUUAAAUGGCUAUUUUGAUAAGGACUCAUGUCAGUUCCUUGCCUUCAACCGCUGUUUUACUUUUAAUACCGUUAUCUAUUAUAUGUCUUUUUAUAUGAUAUAUCAUGUUAUUAUUCUCAAAUCUUUUGUUUGUGCAAUAAAUUUUUACUCAAAAAUUUGUCUACUUUAUUUCUGUAAUUAUUAUAUCAAUUUAUAACAUUUGAGCCGUGCCAUGAGAAAAACAACAUAGUGGCUUUGCGACCAGCAUGGAUCCAGACCAGCCUGCGCAUCCACGCAGUCUGGUCAGGAUCCAUGCUGUUUGCUUUCAAAGCCUAUUGCAAUAAGAGAAACCGUUAGUGAACAGCAUGGAUCCUGACCAGACUGUGCAGAUCCGCGCAGUCUGGUCAGGAUCCAUGCUGGUUGCAAAGCCACUAUGCUGGUUUUCUCAUGGGGCAGCUCAUAUCAAUUUUAACAAUUAUUUAGCUAUUUGUAUUACAUACUGUGAAGACAUUUAAUUUCGUGGGCACGAAACUUUGUGGUUUUGGAAAUUGCUAUUUUGUGGGGAGAUAGAUUUGAGUAUGUUGACAUUUCAGCAUAACAUGAAUGGAAAAUUUUUGCUGGUUUGGAUUAAUUCAACCAUAAAAUCCACGAAAAUUUGUCACCGCGAAUAUUAAAUCUUUAUUUCACAGUAUAUCUUGAAAGCAUAUCUAGUAUAUUUUUGUGUUACUUUGACAAUAUGUGUCCAAAACGUAGUGUCUUGUUUUCUAGUAUUUUGUAUAUGUAACAAUUAUACAUUACAAAUUUAAUUGAUCGUGCAAUCUUUCACAAAUUUAGAUAUUAUAUACCAUAAGUAACUAAUUUUACCCCUCGACAACAAAGUUGUAAGGGGUGGGGGUAAACUGGUUUCAGGUUGUCUGUCCGUAGACAGAAUCUUGUGCGCACUAACUCUCCUCAUCCCCACGACACAAUUUGAUGAAACUUCACACAAGUGAUCAGUAACAACAGUAGUUGUGCAUGGGGCAUGUUACGUUCUUUUAGAAAAAAAAAUGCAGGGUUACGGGACUUUGAUUUUUGUUACUAUACUAUAUACAAACAGUCUGCAUAUGCAAUCUUGUGCGCGCAUAAUCUCCUGAACCCAUGCACACAAUUUAAUGAAACUUAACACAAGUGAUCAGUAGUAACCCUAGUUGUGCAUGGUGCAUAUUAGGUCUUUUCAGAAAAAAAUUCUGCACAGUUAUGGGACUUUGUUUUUUGUUAAAAUACUAUGUACAUUACAGUCUGCAUAAUUAUGCAGUCUUGUGUGUGCCUAAUCUUCCGAACCCUUGCACACAAGUUAAUGAAACUUCACACAAGUGAUCAGUACCAACCCUAGUUGUGCAUGGUGCAUGUUACGUUCUUUUAGAUAAAUAUUCUGCAGAAUUAUGGGACUUUGUUUUUUCUUUCUAUACUGUUUACAUACAGUCUACAUACAUACAGUCAACAUAAUUAUGCAAUCUUCUGUGCGUCAAAUUGCAAUAUAUUGUGUCAGUGUGUGCAGGGUGUACAUUCAUCACCUUUAGUGAUAGCUCUAGUUUUUUCAGUGUUGUGAAUGGAUUUAUCAGGUUUUAAGUCAACACUAGGCAUUGAAGGUUUGUUUUUUUGGGGUGGGGGUGUAAGGGAUUUUGUGCUAUGUAUGAUUAAAAUACGGAUUCAGUGGAUUUUUGGCAAGUUAUCUGUUACAAUGUUCUUUCGGCCAAAUUUUUAUUAUGCACAUGCAUAGAGCGCAUAAUGGAAGGCAAUGCUGUAUGACCUUUGUAUUUUAGAGGUAACCAUUUUGCAGUAUCAUAAGUUGAUAGAUUAUAGAUAUUAAUUAUAUACACACCACAAA